AUGCAGCAAGUAGGGAGAUGACAGGCGCAGGACAGUCAGGGCUGCUGUCCCUGCUCAGGUGAGGUGCACCGCAGCACCCUCCCAGGCAGAUCCCUAUUAGGGUCGCUUGCAUAAUUCCUUCCCUGCCCCAGGCGCCGGCUGUACCCUGGGAGCCGGCUUCCUGAUCCUCCAGUCGCUUUCUCUUCAGAGUAGAUCCUCUGCCGGUUCACUUUCUCGGGCGCAGAUCUUCCUGGAUUGCUUCGCCUCGGUCUCAGCCUCCCCGCCUCGCCGGCCGUCACAGAGUCCUUGUCGCCUAGCGAGUGCUCGGCGAGUCUGGGGCUCCCCAUCUCAGGCACACAGGGCGUCCCUCCGGGCUCUUCAGGUCAAGGGACAGCGACAGCACCGUCUGUGGAUCCCCUCUGCCCUGCCCACUCAUUUGGGAACAACCUCUUUGCUGAACUUGUUAAGAAAUCAUCCAAAGAGGACCCCCUCUGUUUCCCAGGAGGACCCUGACUAGCAUAAGGACCACACCAUUUUGUGGCUCCCUCUCCUGAUCAUCCCGCCCUGCUCGCCGCAGAACAUCGACUCCUGAGGAGUUUGUUGGGGUCUCACCCACACCUGUCUUGGCAUGCGGGGAGAAUCCUACUUCAUCGGCAUGAGGAGCCUGGGGCCACCAGGUCAUGUCCCUGAGGAUGGAGGACUUUUCUUACUCUGCUGUGUAGACAGAGACUGGGCUGUCACACGGUGCUUUGCCGAAGAAGCCUUUCAGGCGAUCACUGACUUCAACGACCUCCCUAAUUCCCUGUUUGCAUGCAACGUCCACCAGUCUGUGUUUGAAGGAGAGGAGAGCAAGGAAAAAUUUGAAGGGCUGUUCCGGAACUACGAUGACUGUGUGACUUUCCAGCUAUUUAAAAGCUUCCGACGCGUCCGGAUAAACUUUAGCAGCCCUAAACCUGCAGCCCGAGCCAGGAUAGAGCUUCAUGAAACCCAGUUCAGAGGGAAAAAAUUAAAACUCUACUUUGCACAGGUUCAGACCCCAGAGACAGACGGAGACAAGCUGCACCUGGCCCCGCCUCAGCCUGCCAAGCAGUUCCUCAUCUCACCCCCGUCUUCACCGCCCGUGGGCUGGCAACCGAUCAGCGACGCCACACCCGUGCUCAACUAUGACCUCCUCUACGCUGUGGCCAAACUAGGACCGGGAGAGAAGUAUGAGCUCCACGCGGGGACUGAGUCCACCCCGAGUGUCGUGGUGCACGUGUGUGACAGUGACACAGAGGAAGAGGAAGAGUCAAAGACUUCCCCAAAGCCAAAAAUCAUCCAGACCCGGCGCCCUGGCCUGCCACCCCCUGUAUCCAACUGAGCUGACUGCUCCACCUUGACGAUCAUAUCUGUCUCCUCUUUAUCAUGCUUCCCCCUCCCGUUGUUUGUCAGAAAAAUUAAUUGCCUUUAAAUCCCUGGGUAUUUGGUUGUUUGAGAUUCCUUCCUUGAAAUCAAGCCUCUCAGACAAAAGGGCUAGGCAAAGGUGAUGUGUCUCCUGUUCAUAUCAUGCUCAUGAUGUAUAACCCGUCCUCUAGAAAGUCCUAGGGAAAAAAGUAGUAUUUUCUUAUUAAACCAUGAGCACAGCCGAUAUCUUCAUGCUUGCGUGUUGAUCCAAGCCAGAGACAUCAGUAACAAAUAGCACCCGUCUUCUUUGUGAGCUGUUUCAGUCCCUGUCCUGAUGUGGUCUUUUUUGUUGUUGUUGUUGUUGUUUUUCCUGGCCACGUAAAUAGGACCCUAAGUAAACUUGACUUUGAUUGCAUGAGAUUUCCCUGUCCGGCCUCACUCUCAGUCCUCUGCAUCCCAACAUUCCCAGGACAAGCAUGAUCACCAGCAUUUAUUUUCCUGAUUUGAGGAUAUUCUAACUUGCAGAUUGUUAGCACCCGGCCAUGUCCUCUCUAGACUAGGAAAAUUAUCAGCAUCACCCAGUUCAAUGAGUCUGGGAAGAGUCACAAUUUUGAAUCAAUAUUUCAUAGCUCUCUUAAAAUUCCCAGAGGCAAAACUGAGCUUGGCCCCAAAGAUAUCCCUCCCCAGAUCUCCAACCUUUUCUGUGCAGAACUUUCCUGUGUCUUUGGGGAGGUUCAUCCAGGGUGAUAGAGACCGAUUUCAGACAGACCUGUUUAUAAAAGUCUUGAGGUGUCUGAACGAUUGUUUUUUCUCUUUGUAUAUUUGUACAAAUGUUUCAGCUGUGCUUUUAAUAUCUGGAUGUUUUUUAUUUAGAGAUUGUCCAACCAUUAGCUGCUUUAAAGCAUAACGUGUAUUGCUUAUGAAUGCAUUCAUAUACUAAUGCAGAUAAUCUGAUAAUAUUACUCACUAUUAUGGACAAUGCUGAAUUUUGAAAGGACACAAAAGCGUCCCAUGCCCAUAGAGAAGUAACUAGCCAAUAUCUAUGCUAUCGAGACCACUUGUUUUUAAAUAAAGAUGUGUCCACCAUAGAUAAUGGGGACGGAGCUAAAUCUCCAGAAUGAGCAUAUUAAAGCUGGUCCAGAUGGCAGAUGCCUGCCGAUCUUACUCAUGCAAGGCCCACAUGCUCAAAAACAUUGUUUGUUUGUGUUACGUGUGGUUUUUCUAUUCUCUAGCCCAAAGUGCAUUACAGAAGAUACACCUAUCAAACCGUCACCUUCCACUCCAUCUGCGCAGUCCACGAGUUCCUUUAGAUGCAAAUGCUGGCGAUCGAGGAGUGGGGAAGCACUUUCAUGACCUAAGCCUCAGACACACAGGCAAGAGCAAUGGCCCAGCCAACCGAUGGAAGGGUUGUUGUGGCUUUCUGACUAAGGUGUAUGUUAAGUUUGUUCACAAACUUAAAAGCCUAGACUGAUCACUCAGAUAAAGUGCGUUCUACUGUGAAUAUAGCAAUAUAGUACUGGAGGCAGCACAGGUGGAAUUGAGGAGAGCAUCGCUUCUAAGAUCCUGAGUUUCCAUAGGGAAAAUGACUCCUUCGCAAAAUCAAGUCUGAGGAGUGGGUAAGAACUCCUUUGCCUGGGAGGGGUUAGGGUUUUGGUGGACAGACUUAGUGAUGGAGAAAGGGUGCCCUCUGGUGGAAGAACAUAGAGCUUAGCUUUUCAAAGGAACAGAAUGACAUCAGGCAAGAGAGAAGCUGAACUGUCUUGUGGGUCUCCUUGGCUUUUUAAACUACCCCGUACUUCCGAAAUGCAGAUGAGAGAAGUGUAGGGCUCCUUGCCGUGCCUCAGUGGAACCUCCUUGCACUGUGAAAGUCAAAAUCGAUCGCCUGGACAUUUCCAUGCUGCACAUGAUGCAACCUCUUUAGCACUAUUGUAAGUUUGAAAAAAUUUUUCAAAUGGAGGGGAAGGGGAACCCGAUUCCCGCCAACUGAAUCAUUUGUGCACGUGUACAGCUCAAAGAGCUUAGACUUCAAAUAUAUCUGGCGAAUGAC